AUGAUAGUGAUAACAAUAGCCAAACUAGUGGCAAAUGUGAUAGUUGUGACGUUGGAACUUGCACCAUUUGUCCCGUCAGGAGAUUUAUGUAACAGGAUAAUAAUUUGGAGCAUGGAGUUCAGCCUGAUAGAAGCUAUUUAUUUGGAGUUUUUUGUUAUCAUAUACUUCCUUAAAACCAGGCUUGUCGUUCUGAACAAGAUGCUAAAGUUUAAAUUGGGUCGCAGAACUGUUACCAAAGUUGAACUAAAUCAGUUUAAAAGAUUGUGGUGCCUGAUAGACGACAUUGUUGGAGAAAUAAACAACUGCUAUGGGAAGCUGUUUCUAGUGCAGUUUGGUAUUCUUUUCACCGAGAUCAUACGAUCAACAGGUCUGGCCAUCUACAAAGUAGACACUCAAGAAAUACGUAUUAUGGAUGAACUGGAAGUGAUUUCUUUACACAUGCUUAACAGCAAAGAUGAUUCAUGGAAUAGUAACCUAUAUAAUAAUUUUAAUACAACUAUCUCCUUGAAAACAGUAAGAACAGAAAAUGUGUGCCGAAAGGUCGAAAGCACCAAUAUAUAAAAAUAAAAUCAAACACAUAUAGUACCGAUGAAGAAGUUUGAUUGAAGUUUAAAAAUAAAAACGCAUAUUUUUACGAUGAUGUUUUAUUUUUCAACAACCAUAACAUGUAAUUAAUAUCAUACACAAAUAAAU